UGUAAAAAUUCAAAAUAUUAAAAAAAAUAAGAAAAAAAUACAAAGUUUUAAUAAAAUAAAUUUAUAAAAAUAAGAAAAAAAAAUAAGAAACCAAAAAACAAAUAGAUUUUUAUUCAAAAUUCAAAAUUAAAGAAAAAGUGUUCUCUGAAUAUAAUUCCGUAAGAAUAUUAUAAAAUUUUUUUGCUAAACAAAAAAAAUCAAUUCCUAAAAAAACACAAAAAAAAAAAAAAUUGAAAUCGUCUAAAUUUUUUUAAAAUAAAUAAAAUUCUAUAAUAUAGAUUAAUUAAUAUAUAUGACUAGAAAUUAAAGGAAGUAAAAAAAGAAAAGAAAAAAUCAAUUGAAAAUUUAUUAUUACGUCACAAAAAGGAUAACGUUCAUCACACACCAAUUCAAGUGCAAAAAAAAAAUUGUUUUAUCUUUUUUUAAUUUUUAAAAUUUCUACAAAAAAAAAAAAAAUUGUUAAAAUUCAAAAAAUUGUUUUUUGUAUCCGUGCCGUUUUUGGUUUUUUUUUUUUCUACCGAAUAUAAAACAUUCAAUUUUCUAAUUAAUUAAUAUUAUUAGUGAAAAUUAUUCUUGUGAAUAUUAAAUCAGAUUUAGGAUCCUACCUUCAUGUAGAAGGGGGUUCCAAAAACUGGCGCAAGGCUGCCAUUUGCAGGCGAUGCACCGACUUGCGAAACGAUUGUAAGUGGUCCAGUUACCAAAAUGAUUUGAUAAUAUGCCAAUUAUUUUGAUUUGGGGUGGACCUGGCCUAAGAUGGGGAGCGUGCUAUUUGCAGCUGUGUUCAUAGCGUCACUAUUUACCACCGGCCUGGCCAACCCUGAUGCAAAACGUUUAUACGACGACCUUCUAAGCAAUUACAAUCGUUUAAUUAGGCCUGUCGGUAAUAAUUCAGAUCGCCUGACGGUCAAAAUGGGCUUAAGGCUAUCGCAGUUAAUUGAUGUUAAUUUAAAAAAUCAAAUUAUGACUACAAAUGUCUGGGUAGAACAGGAAUGGAAUGACUAUAAGUUAAAAUGGAAUCCUGAUGAUUAUGGUGGGGUCGAUACACUCCAUGUACCAUCUGAACAUAUUUGGCUGCCAGAUAUUGUAUUAUAUAACAACGCUGAUGGAAAUUAUGAAGUAACAAUAAUGACAAAAGCCAUAUUACAUCAUACAGGGAAAGUGGUAUGGAAACCUCCUGCCAUUUAUAAGUCGUUUUGUGAAAUUGAUGUCGAGUAUUUUCCAUUCGACGAACAAACUUGUUUUAUGAAAUUUGGUUCUUGGACUUAUGAUGGUUACAUGGUUGAUUUAAGGCAUUUAAAGCAAACACCCGAUUCAGAUAAUAUUGAUAUUGGUAUAGAUUUACAAGAUUAUUAUAUAUCAGUUGAAUGGGAUAUAUUAAAGGUGCCAGCUGUACGAAAUGAAAAAUUUUAUAGCUGUUGUGAAGAGCCAUAUUUGGAUAUAGUAUUUAAUUUAACAAUUAGACGUAAAACACUUUUUUAUACAGUUAAUUUGAUAAUACCAUGUGUUGGUAUAUCAUUUUUAUCAGUAUUAGUAUUUUAUUUACCAAGUGAUUCUGGUGAAAAAAUCUCAUUAUGUAUUAGUAUAUUACUAUCGUUGACUGUGUUCUUUUUAUUAUUGGUUGAAAUUAUUCCACCAACAUCGUUAACAGUACCGUUACUUGGAAAAUAUUUGUUAUUUACUAUGAUGUUAGUUACACUAUCAGUUGUCGUUACAAUCGCUGUAUUGAAUGUUAACUUUAGGUCACCCGUAACACAUAAAAUGGCACCAUGGGUUCAAAGAAUAUUUAUACAAAUAUUACCAAAAGUUUUAUGUAUUGAACGACCUAAAAAAGAUGAUUCAAACGAAGAUGAACAGCAACCACCCGAAGUGUUAACAGAUGUAUUUCAAGUACCGCCAGAUGUUGAUAAAUUUGUAAAUUAUAGUACUAAGCGAUUUAGCGGCGAUUAUGGUAUUCCUGCCUUGCCACCAUCACAUUUUGAUGUUGUAGCAUCCGGUGGUGUUGGACCAUGUUUUGGUGAACCACCAUUACCAGUACUGCCAUUACCCGGUGCCGAUGAUGAUUUAUUUAGUCCAUCGGGAAACGGUGAAAUUAGUCCUAAUUGCUGUCCUGCCGACAUUAGUCCAACAUUUGAUAAACCAUAUUUAAGAGAAAUGGAAAAAACAAUAGAAGGUUCAAGAUUUAUAGCGCAGCAUGUCAAAAACAAGGACAAAUUUGAAAGUGUCGAAGAAGAUUGGAAAUACGUAGCUAUGGUAUUAGAUCGUUUAUUUUUAUGGUUAUUUACAAUAGCGUGUAUAGUUGGUACUGCAUUAAUAAUAUUACAAGCACCUAGUUUAUAUGAUAAUACUGAACCAAUAGAUAUUUUGUAUUCAAAAAUAGCAAAGAAAAAAUUCGAAUUAUUGAAAAUGGGUAGCGAUGAUGUCUAGCGUCCGCUUGGGUUCGCAGCUGGCUGGUGGAAUAUGUUCUACAGUUGGUUGCGUGCCCUUAUUGCUGAAAUCGCUGCCGGUGAUGAUGGUCGAGGAUAAUAUACUAUUUUUAAUUAUAUAAAUAAUAUUAGUUAUAAUUUAAAUAAUUAUAUUAAUAAUAUAAUUGAUAAUAACAAUAAUAAUAAUAAUAAUAAUAAUAAUAUUAAUAAUGAUAAUUAUAAUAAAAUUAAUAAAACUUAUAAUUUUACAAUAAUAAUAAAUGAUACUUUUAUAAAUACAAAUAAAUAUAUUAAUAUAUUAAAUUAUAAUAUUAAUAAUAAUAAUACUAUAACAAAUAAUAAUAAUAAUAAUAAUAAUAAUAGUAAUUAUAAUAAUAUAUUAACAACAUCAUCGUCAUCAAUGUUAUCAAUAAACGAAUU